AUGUCCGCGCACGAAGAAGCCGACGAGACACGUCCCGCAGUCCCUCCUCGGAGCUCGCAGCGUGACUCAACGUCAAAUUCGACGUCGCAUCGCGAUUCUCUGUAUCGCGCGUCGCCCCAGAUUUCGCCCGUCCAGCCAGCGCAUCCUGUCGUCGCCGAGUCCUCCAAGGCCCCAGUAGCGCCUCCAGUCCCCGAACAGUCGGCCCAACAACAACAGCAUCAACCGGCCCCCACCGGUCAGCCAACACAGGCGCAACAGGUGCACAACCUGUUCCCAGGUACGGCGGCCCCCGAGACGUUCAAGACAAAGCGCCAGGAGCUGGAGGAGGGCGACGCGCACUGGAAAUGGAAAGUCGGCUUCCGCGCGAUCAGCAUCAUUGUGGGGCUUAUCGGCAUCGGAUGUGCUGCAUGGAUCACCUCCAAUUACAACAAUAGCAACUCAUACACCUCGAGCUCGUAUUACUACUACUACUACGACGACUACUUGAUUCCAUACACCCUCGUCACUUUCAUCCUUUCCGUCCUCUGGAGCGGCGCCUGUGUCAUCGCCUUCUUCGCGAGGCGGCCCAACCGCCCCAUUCACCCUGGAGCACAAGUCGGCUGCGAUCUCGUUCUCUGGCUGGGCUUCGCUGUCACGGGCGCCUUCGCCGUUAUAGGCACGCUGAGCAUCUAUUACUCUGGCCAAGACGACUAUUCCUCAUCUUCAGGCGGAUAUACCCAGGCUAGCAAUGGUACAUGGGUUUGGACUUCUAGCAGUUACUCAUCCUCCUCGUCCUCCGCCUCAACCCGAAGCUGCGAAUACUACUCCAGCUCCAGCUCGUCGUCUUGUGCGGCGCAAGAUGCCUAUUUCAACGCUUUCAUGCACUCCAAGGACCAGCGGUACAACCUCGAUUUGACGGUGACUGUCUGCCAGUUCAUCGCGCUUCUGAUGCACUUCAUACUCUUCGUGUGGGCAUGUGUCGACACUGCCCGCCGCAACAACCGUGGCGUUUCCAAGGAUGCUGAGAAGCUGGCUGCCGACAUCGUCAUGAACAUGGUCAAGAAUGGAGCAAUCAUCCCUGCACCGGGCCAGGCGUACUUCCCACCUAUGGCACAGCAGGGCGCCCCUAUGGGAUCAGUACCCAUGAUGUACCCGCAACAGCAAUAUCAUCCUCAACAACAAUUUCCAGGUCAGCUUCCUGGACAGUACAAUACGCCGAUUUCGCAUGGAAAGACUCCGAUACCGCAACCCCCGGUGGCCUCGAGUAGUGACGAGAAAGGCGCGGGUGCGCGCCACGCAACAGGCCCAGACCACUCCACGAACGCCGCAAGCCUGAUGAAUCCCGCGAUCCUUAACCCUAAUCCCGGCCUCUCCCGCCUUUCUUCCUUCUCAGCACCCCGCCACCUUCGAUACAGCGAAACGACAGACGGCUCUAGCAGUAUCCCAAAUGCCUGUGUUACGAAGCAGCGGAAUACCUCAAUUUCGGAUAUCGGCAUUCCGCUCGAAACGCCCGCGACCGUGUGCAGUGCGCCUGACAGCGAGAAGCUGCCUACGACGGUGAGACCGCCUGUGACGGCGUUGCCCCAGGGGAGCUGCGCCACGUCGUGGACGAGGGCUGAAGAGAUGUCGGAGAUCAUAUGUUGGAAGGAAAGAAAACCCACUCCUACACGUUCUUCAGACUAUACGCGUCGCCCACGGACCCGAAUGCAGGCCGCCAGCUUCCGCUGUGAAGCCUUGGAUGAUGCAGUAGAACGUGACAGCGAAGCCAGCGAUGGAGAGGAAGCGGAAUUUGACCUGGGGAGCUGUCACGCUGUCUAG